AUGGCACGUUCUAGAGGAGGAUCAAGACCAGCUGGUAGAAGCAGCGCAUUCUCUCGCCCACAACAGAGCCGUUCUGCAUCUACCGCUGCUUACCCAGCUGCACCACCUCGUCAGCAACCUGUGGCUCCGGCCAACGCUCAUCCGCAAGCUGGUGCUCAACCGCAACAACCAGGUUUGUUUGCGCAGAUGGCAUCUACUGCAGCUGGUGUAGCUGUUGGUAGUACGAUCGGCCACACCUUGGGUGCUGGUAUCACUGGUAUGUUUUCUGGUUCUGGCUCUUCUGAAGUGAGUGAUCAGCAACAGCAACCAAUGCAGAAUUUUGACGCUGCUGCUCAACAACAACAGCAACAAUUUAGAACAUGUGAUGCCGAUGCAAAGAAUUUCACACGUUGUUUGGAUGAAAAUAAUGGCAACUUCCAAAUUUGCGAUUACUACUUACAACAAUUGAAGGCAUGCCAGGAAGCUGCUCGUCAAUACUAG